UAAAGGAGCCGAGGCCUAGCCACUAAGAGGAAACUCAGCAGAAGACUACGGGCCCACAGACGCUUGGAGUGACCCGACGCCACUGCCAGGGGACACUCUGCUCCCACUGCACGCGACAGCCACGACCGACUCCCGGGCUGGGUGCCGGGGACCCAGGACUGUGCAGAGGAAACCCGCUUUCCCGCCCCGAGAGAGCAGAGCGGCGCGGGAAGCCAGGCCCCGCCCCCGGCCCACCUCUUCCGCUCGGCCCUGAGGAGUCUGCGCGGCCGCGGGACCCCUUCCGACGCGGCCACGUUGCCCGGUGAGCCAGCCCGCGGCGCCCGGUUCCCGACUCCCCUCGGCUCGGCUCUCAGCCGGGCUCCGGGGCCCAGGCCUCCUCCCCGUGCUGUCGGUGAGGAGCAGCUGUGCGGGGACGGGUCUGGCCGCCCGAGAGCUCCGCGCGCGUCUGCGAUCCCCGCGCCGGAGGCCCCGCCCCGCUCCGGAGCCGAGAAGCGGAGCGAGCGCGCUGAGCUCCGACAGAGCUCGGCUCCGGGCUCAUGCCCUGCGGCCCAGCCGGCCCGCGCCAUGGCCUCCGGGAGCGUGGCCGAGUGCCUGCAGCAGGAGACCACCUGCCCCGUGUGCCUUCAGUACUUCGUGGAGCCUAUGAUGCUCGACUGCGGCCACAACAUCUGUUGCGCGUGCCUGGCCCGCUGCUGGGGUGCCGCGGAGACUAACGUGUCGUGUCCGCAGUGCCGGGAGACCUUCCCGCAGCGCCACAUGCGACCCAACCGGCACCUGGCCAACGUGACCCAGCUGGUGAAGCAGCUGCGCACCGAGCGGCCGUCGGGGCCCGGCGGCGAGAUGGGCGUGUGCGAGAAGCACCGGGAGCCUCUGAAGCUGUACUGCGAGCAGGACCAGAUGCCCAUCUGCGUGGUGUGCGACCGCUCGCGCGAGCACCGCGGCCACAGCGUGCUGCCCCUGGAGGAGGCGGUGGAGGGCUUCAAGGAGCAAAUCCAGAACCGACUGGACCACCUAAGAAGAGUGAAAGACUUGAAGAAGAGACGGCGGGCACAGGGGGAGCAGGCCCGAGCUGAGCUUUUGAGCCUGACUCAGAUGGAGAGGGAAAAAAUUGUCUGGGAGUUUGAGCAGCUCUAUCACUCGUUGAAGGAGCAUGAGUACCGCCUGUUGGCUCGCCUUGAGGAGCUCGACUUGGCCAUCUAUAACAGCAUCAACGGGGCCAUCACUCAGUUCUCCUGCAACAUCUCCCACCUCAGUGGCCUGAUUGCCCAACUGGAAGAGAAGCAGCAGCAGCCCACGCGGGAGCUCUUACAGGACAUUGGAGACACACUGAGCAGGGCUGAAAGAAUCAGGAUCCCUGAGCCCUGGAUCACACCCCCAGAUCUACAAGAGAAAAUCCAUAUUUUUGCCCAAAAAUGUCUGUUUUUGACAGAAAGUCUAAAACAGUUCACAGAAAAGAUGCAGUCAGAUAUGGAGAAGAUCCAAGAGUUGAGAGAGGCUCAGUUAUACUCAGUUGAUGUAACCCUGGACCCAGACACAGCCUAUCCCAGUCUGAUUCUUUCUGAUAAUCUUCGGCAAGUACGGUACAGUUACCUCCAGCAGGAUCUUCCAGACAACCCUGAGCGAUUCAAUCUGUUUCCCUGUGUCUUGGGCUCUCCAUGUUUCAUCGCUGGGAGACAUUACUGGGAGGUAGAGGUGGGAGAUAAAGCCAAGUGGACCAUAGGUGUCUGUGAAGACUCGGUGUGCAGAAAAGGUGGGGUGACCUCAGCCCCCCAGAAUGGAUUCUGGGCAGUGUCAUUGUGGUAUGGGAAAGAAUAUUGGGCUCUUACAUCCCCAAUGACUGCACUACCCCUGCGGACCCCUCUCCAGAGAGUAGGGAUUUUCUUGGACUAUGAUGCUGGUGAGGUUUCCUUCUACAAUGUGACAGAGAGAUGCCAUACCUUUACUUUCUCUCACGCUACCUUCUGUGGGCCAGUCCGGCCCUACUUCAGCCUAAGCUACUCGGGAGGGAAGAGCGCAGCUCCUUUGAUCAUCUGCCCUAUGAGUGGGAUUGAUGGGUUUUCUGGCCAUGUUGGGAAUCAUGGUCAUUCCAUGGAGACCUCUCCGUGAGGAAGUGAACGUAGACCACAAGUGCUGUUGCCUGUAAUCCUACCCCAGGCACAAGGGAUCUUGUCCUGAUUCCUGUCCAUCAAAAUUGGGUGUCCUUACCAUUUCCGUGCCCCUACAGUGAGAGACAAGAUGUCCAUCCAUGGUCUCUACUGCAUUUUCCCUUCCCUUGCAGAUUGUGAGAUGUAAUGAAAAGUAUUGCUAUUUCCCAGAAAUAAAAACUAGAUUCCUCCUGUGUUUCAUACGUUUUGUUUUUGUUAUGACUGAAGGACAUAAAAGAAUAGGAUUUGGAUUUGGAGACCCACUUUCCAGAAUCUUGUCCUGGCUUCUCUUCAUGUGGAUCACAAUACGGAAAGUAUGAGCCAAAUAAAACCAUUCCUCCCCAGGGGGCUUUUGUCAGUGUUUGUCAUAGCAAGAGAGACACAACUUAAGGUGCCAGAUUCGUAAGCUAUUGCUAUGAUAGACUGACCUUGUUUUGCAAAGGAUUUUGGAAGUGUUUGUAACUUUGGUUUGGAAAUUAAGAGUGUUGAGAAAUGCAGAUGAUAAACUUAGGAAGUUUCAGGGGGGAACAAAGACUGGGUAAUUUUGUACUAUAUUUGAAUUAAGAAUGUGUGGUUUCUGCACAGCUGGGGCUGAAGAAUUGACUGUGAAUAACAAGACACCAAUACCACUGACGUGAAACUUGUUUUUCUACAACAGUCAAUGCUGGUUACCUGGGGCUAAAGAAUCAACUAAUUAACAGAAGGCCGGCACUAUUGAGGUGAAAUCUAGGAAGUAUUUCCUCAGGGUCAGCACACAAAAGUAGUGGUCCAGAGAGGGCCAAGACUGCAUCUUGGGCCUGGUCUAUUUAAAAAGUCUCCAGUAAGCAGUGGUCCUCUGGUAAUCCUUCAGUUCCUGCCUCCUGGUUCCAGCCCUGAGCGCCUGCCCUGGUAUCUAUCACUCAGUGAUAGGCUGUAAUAUGGAAGUGUAAUCCAAAUAAACCCUUUCCUCCCCAGGGUGCUUUUUUGGUCAGUAUUUUACCAUAACAGUAGAGAGCAAACUGAGACAUUUCUGGACCAUGUCUCCUUUUUAAGAACUCAGGAUGGAUAACAAGACUGUUGAAAUGACACACACACCCUUCUCAUUUUUCUUUCAUGAAAUGGUACCUCUACUCUGUUUUGUUUUUUUGUUUUUGGUUUUUUCGAGACAGGGUUUCUCUGUGUAGCCUUGGCUGUCCUGGAACUCACUUUGUAGACCAGGCUGGCCUCGAACUCAGAAAUCCGCCUGCCUCUGCCUCCCGAGUGCUGGGAUUAAAGGCGUGUGCCACCACGCCCGGCUUUUUUGUUUUGUUUUGUUUUUUUGUUUUUGGGAUACCUCUACUCUGAUUGUAUCCAUAAAUAUGGCCUAGUUUUGGUUACAGUUAUUUUACAUUAAUGGUGAAAAAUGACUCUGCCUAUGUAGUGACAUAAAAUUUAACUGGUGUCUCUGCCUAGGUGACUUUCUAAUGGCUUUGCUCCCUUCAUUCUGUUGAAAGGUCUCUCUUGGUGCUAGGUGCAUAUAUCUAAGAUAAUCCUUGGAGUGUUUGUGAGCUAGAGGUGUUUAGGUAGUAGUGACUGUAUCCUUUUGGGAUCAGCUGUACCAUUAGAGGCCUUUGGAGGGAGAAGCUAUAAUCACUUUGAGCAAGCCCUACCAUGGUUCUUAGCCCUGCUUCCUUUUGGGUACAUGCCUUGCUGUGUUUACCACCUAAAAGUGAGGUGGACUAACGUCUCAUUUGCAAUAGCCAACUUUAUUUAGUGUUGGACAAUUUAUACUCUUGGGGAUUUAAGAAGGUUUACAUUGAGUGAACUGUACAAUCUCAAGGACAAGUCACAUGUGCCAAGAAACACUUUUUUCCAUACAGGCACAUAAAUGGAUAACAAUAACCAGUUGUAAUUAAUAAUCUCUAAACUUGCUCCUAUCUGAUACACCUGGGAAGAAUGUGGAAACUCAUUCUAAGUCCAUGAUUUUGAAGAAACUGAGGUUACAAGACUGGUCUUUUUUUUCUUGGGGUUUUCUCACAAGCACUCGAUUCCUCUUGCAUGACUCCUUCCCAACACUAAAAAUAAAGUGAAUAUGUUUGUGU